AUGAACUUACCCAAUGAGACCAUAGUUUGCGACAGUGAUAUUGGCUUGGAAUAUACUUCGGAUAAAGAAUACCAUGGCGGUGUUUACACUAAAGCCUGGCACAAAACCUUGCACGAAGAUGUUGAAGUUGAAACCUUGAUAUAUGAUGCUGAAGCUCUUCCCGAUACUGUUGAAACCUUACCUGAGAACUCUGAGGCCUUUUCCGACAACCUUGAAGCUUUACUAGAAGAUGUUUUAGUCUUUAUCGAUGAUGUUGAAACCUUACCUGAAGAUGCUGUAGUCAUUUUCUAUGAUGUUCAAGCUGCACCUGAAGAUGCUGUAGUCUUUCCUGAUGAUGUUCAAGCCGCAUCUGAUGAUCCUCGAUUUAAUUUGUAA